GUCUCUGUCUGUGGUUCCAAACAUUAAAAACGCACGCUGGCCGAGACGUUUAACCGCUAAAAACACAGCCACAGCGAGUGCGGACAACGAAAUUUUCUCGGAAAGAAAAUUGGAAGGAAAAUUUCCGGGAAAAUUUGUGAGUUCACUUCAUUCACUUGCCAAUUCCAUUUCAGAUCUGUUGUUGAUUCUCAAGCCAAAUCUCGAACUCUUCUCUAUCGAUACAAUCUAUGUGUUCGUUAGAGAUGUUCCGAUUACAGCAAGAGAAGAUCAGAAAACGACGACAACUUUGAUUUCCAUUUUCAAUCGAUUGAAACGAUUCUAGGGUUUUUUAUUCUAUGGCCGACGCGCUCUCUGUGAUUCCUCCCGCCGUUCUCCGAAACCUCUCCGACAAACUCUACGAGAAGCGGAAGAAUGCUGCUCUUGAGAUUGAAGGAAUCGUGAAGCAGCUAGCGGCGGCGGGAGAGCACAAUAAGAUUACGGCCGUGAUAAAUUUGUUGGCCAAUGAGUUCACGUACUCGGCACAGGUGAAUCACCGGAAAGGAGGAUUGAUUGGACUGGCUGCAGCCACAGUUGCUUUGACUGGUGAAGCUGCCCAGCAUCUUGAGCAAAUUGUUCCACCUGUGCUGAGUUCCUUUUCCGAUCAAGAUAGCAGAGUUCGUUAUUAUGCUUGUGAAGCUCUAUAUAACAUUGCAAAGGUUGUCAGGGGAGACUUUAUUGUGUUUUUCAAUAAGAUCUUUGAUGCCUUAUGCAAGCUUUCAGCAGACUCAGAUCCCAAUGUUCAGAGUGCUGCUCAUCUUUUAGAUAAACUUGUAAAGGAUAUUGUCACAGAUUGUGAUCAAUUCAGCAUUGAAGAAUUUAUACCAUUGCUGAGAGAGCGUAUGCAUGUCCUAAAUCCUUAUGUCCGCCAAUUUUUGGUAGGAUGGAUCACUGUCCUAGAUGGUGCUCCAGAAAUCGAUAUGUUGGGUUUUCUUCCCGAUUUUCUUGAUGGUUUGUUUAACAUGUUAAGUGAUUCCAGUCAUGAAAUUCGGCAACAAGCUGAUUCAGCACUUUCUGAGUUUCUUCAAGAGAUCAAGAACUCUCCAUCUGUAGAUUAUGGUCGAAUGACUGAAAUAGUGGUACGAAGGGCAGCUUCCCCAGAUGAAUUUACUCGCUUGACUGCUAUCACUUGGAUAAAUGAAUUUGUAAAACUUGGUGGGGACCAACUUGUUCCCUAUUAUGCUGAUAUUCUGGGAGCUAUUUUGCCCUGCAUAUCUGACAAAGAAGAAAAAAUAAGAGUUGUCGCUCAUGAGACCAAUGAAGAACUUCGGGCAAUCAAGGCUGAUCCAGCUGAAGGAUUUAAUGUAGAAGCAAUCUUAUCUAUUGCAAGGAGGCAGUUGUCCAGUGAAUAUGAGGCGACUCGAAUUGAAGCAUUGCACUGGAUUAUGACUCUUCUAAAUAGACAUCGUGCAGAGGUCUUGUCGUUCCUGAACAAUACAAUUGAUACUCUUCUGAAGGCACUAUCAGAUCCAUCUGAUGAGGUAGUACUCCUGGUUCUUGAGGUGCAUGCAUGCAUAGCCAAAGAGCCACAACAUUUCCAUCAGCUUGUUGGUUUUUUAGUGCAUAACUUCGGGGUUGACAACACUCUCCUGGAGAAGCGUGGGGCUUUGAUAAUUCGCCGUCUUUGUGUUCUUUUAGAUGCUGAAAGAGUCUAUCGGGAACUUUCCACUAUACUCGAGCGAGAAUCUGAAUUGGAUUUUGCGUCAAUUAUGGUUCAGGCUUUGAACUUGAUUUUGCUUACUUCUUCUGAGUUGUCCGAGCUUCGUGAUCUUCUCAAACAAUCACUGGUCAAUGAUGCUGGGAAAGACUUAUUUCUUUCUUUGUAUUCUUCAUGGUGCCAUUCGCCAAUGGCCAUUAUUAGUCUUUGCUUAUUAACUCAGGCUUACCAGCAUGCGAGUUCCAUCAUACAAUCUCUGGUUGAGGAAGAUUUCAACGUCGAAUUCUUGGUUCAGUUGGACAAACUGAUCCACCUACUGGAGACUCCAAUUUUUGCUUACCUUAGGUUGCAGCUUCUUGAACCCGGAAGAUAUAUAUGGCUGUUAAAAUCCUUGUAUGGUCUUCUGAUGCUGCUUCCCCAGCAAAGUAAGGCCUUCAAGAUUCUAAGAACUCGAUUAAAAGCCGUGCCUUCAUACUCCUUUAAUGGUGAGCAGUUCAAACAGACAUCGUCAGGAAACUCUUACUCCCAAAUUAAUCACCGGCCAAGUGGAUCAUUCUCUGAGGAUGGUGACAUAGAUGAAAAUUUGCAGAGUGUGCACAAUGGAAUAAACUUUGCUUCCUGGCUGCAACAGUUUGAGCAGAUGCAGCAGAAGCAUCGUAUGCACUCAAAAUCACAAACACAAUUGCGCUACAGUUCUUAUGCAUCUACACAGGAGGUGCAGAGAGCAGAAGAACCCCGACGACCUUUGCCAGUGCCAGACAUGAGCGGCCUCAAGAUCAUCACAUAGAGGUCCGGGACAAUUACAACUGUAACUAUUUUCGGUUCUUACCCCUAAUGGUGGGUGGUCAUACGAGGAUCAGAAUUUGUAAAUUGUAUAUCGUCUAGUAUUUUGUUUUUGUUAAACUUACCGAGGAUGGUGAGAUGGGUGGGUGAUUGGGAUUUGAAUUGCGCUCCGGUGUUACCGGAGUUAUUCUUUUUCUCUGUGAACAGGAACAGGAACAGGAUGUGCUCAUGUGGUUCUGUUGUUUUUUUUAUGGGAAACCAUAUGGGCCAGAGGUAGAAAUUUGAUUUAGAUAAUGCAGUUUGUUCUCUCUCUCUCUCUCUCUCUCCCUUCCAACAAUUAAAAUAAAUAAUCAUGUACACAUUGAUCUUAGUAAAGAUUAUCCCUUCCACGUCCUUAA